GCAAGCGCCCACGCGCUCACGGGCGAGCAGGGCACACGCAGGCAGUCAGAGCCGAGCUGGCCUGCGAGAUGCUGGAUGGGGCGCGUGGUGGUCCUUGGGUGUACGUGGCAUCUGUGUGGGGGAUCGAGUUUAGGCCAGAGCGCAAACUCCAGGUGUCAGUACGAGCAGAGGGGCCAGUGAAGGUUUUGACUGUCAUAGAUGCUGGUGUGCAUGAGCUUCCAGACUACGGAAAGAAGCAUGUCGGACUGCCUAGACAGAUGGAGGCAUCGGAGGUGGAGCUGCAGCCAUCUGACACGCUGUGGAGAGUCGAUCUUUAUCUGGCUUUUGUCGGUGUAUCGCUUGUGGACAGCGCAUCAGAGGAGCUUCUCUAUGUUUCGGCUACGGAUGUGCAGCUUGCUGUGUCUCAAGGGCAGCAUGAGAGAGUAUCAAAUUUGCAGAUCGGAAGUGUGCAGCUCGACAACCAGCUCAGGGACACAGUGUACCCUGUCAUGCUUUCACCAACAAACCCUCUCCAGUUUGGGCGAACCAAGUGCUUGUCAGUUUGGCCCAUAUGGGUUGAAAAAGCAGGAGCAACAGCGGCUGGAGCUGGACCGGGGGGAGGGGGAGAAGGAGGAGGAGGAGGAGGAGGAGGUAGUAAGGGGAAGUUGGAAGUAGAGGAGGUGAGGGCAAACACAGGAGGGUUGGAAAGGGGGCAGGGAAUGAAAGGAAGCACUAGUGACGCAAAAGGUCAUCUUUCUGUGCCUGUGAUUCAGUCACCCGCGAAGGACAGCCAGAGCUCUGCACGGGGAGGUGUAUCACCUGUCCUUGUUGUAAAAACGAUGAAGUGGAAAGAGACGGUCGGGGAUGUGGAAUGUUAUCAGUACAUAUCUAUGAGGGUUGCUCCCCUUCGGCUUGAAGUGGAAGAGGAAGCAAUGAUUCGCAUAUUGGGCAUGGUGGACUCGCUGGUUCGACGCGACUCUAGCAGACAGGACCCUCAAUCUUCAAAGGGAAGCGACAAAGUAGCUCCUGCAUGUGUGGGUACGCCAGCGGGGGAAGGACGAUCAGAGAUGGCGAGCAUCACCACAACAGCGACAGGCGUCAAGGGCUCUGUUGGAAAAGUAUGUUGUCGCCCUUCAGCAGUGGCUAUCGCAGUAAUCGGCGGCCCUGGAUUCGACACAUGGGGCAUUCGCAGUGAUCGCAGAAAAGUGUACAUUGAGGCUCUGGAAAUCUCACAAAUCGAUCUGACGGUCAGCUUUGCAAGUGCGCCAUGGAUGCCUGUAGAGUCCCGAGGAGCAGCAGCAAGGGGUCUGCUUCGAGCAGCUGGGAUUGCGUUACAGAGGCAAGUGAUCGCCCUGGCGGAUGUUGAGGGCGCAAACGUGAGACUCGGAGUGCUCAAGCUCAACCACAAUCUUACCAGCUGGGAGGCGAUCCGCGGCACAAUGACAAGACACUACACACGGCAAGUGCUUCGGGAAGUCUACAAGAUUGUUGGGUCCGCCGACUUCCUCGGCAAUCCUGUUGGCCUCGUUCAGAAUCUUGGACUCGGAGUUUGGGAUUUUGUGUCUGCACCAACUGUGAGCCUAAUUCAGCGGCCUACCCAAUUCACGCAUGGUGUGGCAGAGGGCACACGCAAAACUUUCGAGGAGGAACGCGAUGAACGUGAAGCUAAAGCACGCAGGAAGCUUGAGAAGGAGGAAGCUAAACGGCGGGAAUUGGCGAUGAAGGAACAAGAAGAAGAGGAACGUCGCAUUCAUGAGAUUAAGGCCCAGAAGAAGAAGGAGAAGAGGAGGCUUGAAGCAGAGAGGCGUGCCGAACUAAAGGAGUUGGGGAUGCACCUUACGAUGCAAGUGAGUGAGAUGGAGGACAAGUCCGUCCAUCGUAUGCACCAAGUGGUGGCGGAGUUUCGGCCUGUUCCCUUGGACAAAGGGAAACGCGCAAUGUAUUCGGAAGAUGACGAUUAUAGCGGCCAAGAUAGUGAUACAAGUGUUACUCAAGAGUUGUGCGAGCGGACGACCGAACUCCAUAUCACAGAGAAACGGAAGCGUGGACCUGAACGGGCGGUCGGCGAUAGGCCUCCGAUGGAAUCACCUGCAAAGCGGACACCACGGCGGGCAAACAGGCAGGUUGCCUUCACUGGGCGUAUGAUGAGUGCACGGACUAAAGUGGUCAAAUCUCCUGGUUCGGCCAAGCGCAAGACUCCGGUCAAGACUCCGCUAUCUAAACGGAAAGGACGCGCGACCUUGCUCACACCGGGUGACAAGGGAGCUACGGCAAGUUUGGAUGAAGUUUUAGCCUUGAAAGGUAGGCUCGAAGGGCUGGUUGUUACAGCGGUUGACCGCAACUCAGGUGAGACGGCGGUGAUAUGCCCGUCUACAUAUUUCGAUGCGAUGAUGAAGACUUUUGUGUUGAACUCGGGCUGGUUACAGCGGUUGACCGCAACUCAGGCUUUGACAGGAGUGCUGGACUCACCCAUACGAGGUGCAGAGAAGUAUGGUUUGCCCGGCGCAUUAACAGGCGCGGCCAAGGGAUUGAUGGGGGUUGUUGCAAGACCGACGGCGAGUGUUUUGGAGCUAGCUGGCAAGACAGCCCAGAGUAUACGGAACACUGCGAGAGGAAUUCCAAGGCGAGCAACGAGGGUUCGCCCUCCUCGGCCAAUCGGCCUCCAUCGGUUGUUGUUACCUUACAUUGCCGAAGAAGCGAUAGGGAUCUGUGCUUUGUGGGACUUGGAUGGCGGGCGUUACAGGGAAGAGGUCUUGAUGGGCUGCAUGCCGACUGCUGAACCUGGUUGCUUCAUCGUGUUGACGCGGAAGUUGCUUCUUUUUGUGCGAAGCUGGAGCUACUAUCAUGCAGCAGUGUCGUUGCGGGCUGGCAAUGCCCCAGCUGUUCCGGUCGGGCAGGACUGGCAGCUGAAAUGGGAAGUGGCUGUGGAAGACGUCCUGCAUGUCGACCACGAUGGGCAGUCGUUGAUUAUCACGGAGAUCAAGCCGGGGGGUAUGAGGGGAGAUUCAGAGCAAAUGCAGCAGCAGCUGGGUCAGAGUGCGGGCAUGGCGGAGUCAUCGCCACAUUCGCCGUCUUUUUCUGCCGACUUGUCGCUGCCGCAGGGCAAAGCGAAGAUCAACCUGAUGAAUACCUUUGUUCUGCAUUCGCUCAACUUUUGCAAUGAGGAGUCGGCAGUCAACAUGCACGUACGGUUGAACCAGGUCUCACAGAAAGCCAGCGUGAGCACGAGCCGAAACCGACGUGGGAGUGGUAGGUAGUCGGUCUCGAUGAUACCUCUUCGGUGCUUCGUCUCUUUUAUUCCCUUUCUUUCCCCCCUCGCCACAGCCGCAUCUCCUGCUGGCUGGACGCUCAGCAGCGUCUGGCAGCACCAGCCAGCCACCUCGCGUCGACUGCCCCUGCUGAAACUACUAAAGCCCAUUGUUGCAUACAUCCAAAUCUUGCAGUUUACCUCUGGUCGGAAAGGGGGGGGGUAGAUUUUUUUUUUUUUUUCCGGGAGAGAGGGGGGGGUGCGGGGGUCCAACUCCUUACGUGACUCCCUCCCAACCUCUUCCUCUCUCGUUAUUUCUCCCUGGCUCGGAAAGGACAUUCGGUGGCCGGUCGGAAACGAAAUAGUAUGGGCUUCUUUUUCUCUCUCGCAUGCUAAAUGGGUGCGCCUCCGCGACAGCGACCAAGGCCCCUCGUCCUGCUCCUUAUGAGACUCCCUCCCAACCUUCCUCUCUAGUUACUUCUCCCUCACUCGGAAAGGACAUUCGGUGGCCGGUCGGAAACGAAGUACUACCGGCCCCUUUUUCUUUCUCGCUCGCACGCUAAAUGGGUGCCACUGCAACAGCAACCAAGGGAUUGUCAUGCGAACACUGUUAAGCUCCAUUGUGACAUACGCUCAAAACCUGCUGCAGCCUACUGCCACUGGGAUGGAGGUGUGGAAGCUGCCGCCCAAUGGGGGGAAACAUUGAAAACGAAACGACGGGCCGCGCCACGAUGACGACGGCUGAAAACAAAAAAAAUUGCAAGCGAGACGACAGGCUGCCCACACCGCGGAAGCAAAACGACACAGGCUGCCCACACUGCGAAAACGAAAAAGAAGAAAAUUGAAAAGCGGACUGCUUAUUGACGCCUGCCGCCCAAUGGGGUUGAAUGUUGUCAAGCCCGGGGAGCGGAUACCUUGCAGAAGCUGAGUUUACUGUGGGUGGGAAGGAGGUGUGGAUUACGGUGCUUCAGAAAGGGCACUUCGUCGUGGUCGGGAUAUGGCGCUGAACACGGUCGAGCCCCGCGACCGCUUACGUCUGGAAUCUGCAGUUCACUGUGAGUGGGACGGAGGUCUGGAUUAUGGUCUUCAGAAAGGACAUUUGCCGGUGAUUGGUAUGUGGCGCUGAGCAUGAUCACGCCCGGUGACUCAAUACGUCCGGAACCUGCAGUUAACUGGGUGGUAAGGAGGUCUGGAUUGUGGUCCUUUGGAAAGGACAUUUAAUGGUGGUCGGGAUAUGACACCGAACGUGGUCGAACCCAGUGACUGUAUACGUCCGGAACCUGCAGUUUACCAUCAGUGGGAAGGUGGUCUCGAUUAUGGUGCUUCGGAAAGCACAUUUGGUGCCGGUUGGGAUAUGGCGAAUGUGGUCAAGCCCAGUGACUGUAUACAUCUGGAACCUGCACUUUUGCCACCGAGGGUAAGGAAGUCCGGAUUAUGGUGCUUCAGAAAGGACAUUUGGUUGUGGUUGGGAUUUGCCGCUGAACAUGGACAAGACGGGUGACUGUAUACGUCCAGAACCUUCAGUUUACCAUCGGUCGUGCUUCGGAAAAAGGACUUUUGGUGGUGGUUGAGAAAGGGAAGGGGUAAAAAACAAAAAAAAACAAAAAAAAACUUUUAAAAACAGAGAAAAAAGGGAGGAAACAGUGUACUUGUCAUUCUUCUAUUCUUUGUUUUCUUUUCCCUUGUUUAUCUUUUUCUCCUUUUGUACACUAAGUGGGUCCUGACAACGACUAAGUGAUUGUCGUGUGCGUCUUUGUUGUGUGCUUCUGAGAGCGUGCUCACACUGGGACUUUCUUACUUGUUUAUGGAGGUGAGUGCAGCCAGAUGCAUCCAGGUCUGGCCGUAAACGCGGUCAGAUACAUUUGAGAUAAAGCUAGUAUGAGUAC